AUGUUAAACCUGCUGACGAUGAGCACCAUGAUAAACAUGUUGGAUGGAGACCUGCUCACAGACGAUGAGCACCAUGAUAAACAUAACACCUUUGAGCUGCGUCUGUUGACGUGGCUGGGUCUGUCGGUGUCUGUGGUGUGUCUGUUGCUGUGCAUCCUGACCUUCUGGCUGUGUCGGUCCAUCCAGGGGACACGCACCACCAUCCACCUCCACCUCUGUGUCUGCCUCUUCAUCGCUGACCUCGUCUUCCUCAGCGGUAUCUCACACACACAGAGCAAGGGAGGAUGUGGGUUUGUAGCAGGUCUCCUCCACCUGUUCUUCCUAGGAUCCUUCAGUUGGAUGUUGUUAGAGGGGGUUCAGCUCUAUCGCAUGGUGGUCCUGGUCUUCAACACUACCAUAAGACCUCUGUACCUGCAUGCUGUGGGAUAUGGACUGCCACUGACUAUAGUCAUCAUCUCUGCUAUCACCUACCCAGAUGGAUACGGUACCACACAACACUGUUGGUUGUCUCUGGAGAGAGGAUUCAUCUGGAGUUUCUUCGGCCCAGUGUGCACCAUCAUCUUCCUCAACGCUUUCAUCUUCAUCAUCACUGUCUGGAGGCUGGCCCAGAAGUUCUCUAGUCUCAACCCUGACCUCUCCAACCUACGCAAGAUCAGGGUGUUCACAGUGACAGCAGUGGCCCAGCUGUGUGUGUUGGGUACUAUGUGGAUAUUUGGAGUGUUCCAGUUCCAAGAGGAGGGGACAGUGGUCAUGACAUAUCUCUUCACUAUCCUCAACUCUCUACAGGGAGCACUGCUGUUCAUCAUGCACUGCCUACUGAACAAAACGGUUAGAGAGGAGUAUUGCAAGCUGCUGUCCUGUAUCUGUACACCGCAGAAGAAGAGAUACUCAGAGGUCAGCACCACCAACCCUUCUUCCAGCCAAUCCCAGGGGUCAAGGAGCGCAGAGACCACGGGGGAGUCGCAGAUAUGACGUCACCAAACCCCCAUAAUGCACCUCUUCACCCCUCCUCCCAUGACAAAGGUUCCCACUAGAUGUUCAAACUGUAAAGUCAAAAUGGUCAAUAUCGUAAACAUUUAUGAAAACAAAUAUUCGCGUUUAGCGUUGUGGUUAAGAUAUAUUGUAGAAAUGGGAAGUGUUUCUGAUUUAGUAUCUUGGCCAGAUAGUGACAACCCAGAAACACUCAGCCCGAGGAUAGUACUGUUCAGACCAGGUUAGUAGAAAAUGUGUCCAACUAGCCUGCCGGAUAGUAAAAAUGGUAGUCCACUAGCCAGGUUGGCCAGAACCUUCAAUUCCAUCCCUGAUUAGACACUUCAUAUCAAACUUGAUGUUAACCACUGUUUUAUCAAACAUUAGGUUAUCCAAUCAGAAGUUAAAUGAUCUUCAUGUCAUCCAAUAGGAAUGAGUAUGAUCUUUAUGUCAUCCAAUAGGAAUGAGUAUGAUCUUUAUGUCAUCCAAUUAGAAGUUCUAUGAUCUUCAUGUCAUCCAAUAGGAAUCCAUAUGGUCUUUAUGUCAUCCAAUAGAAAUGAAAAUCCUCUUUAUGUAAUUUUCACAACCACAAAAGAAAGGUACUAUUUUCCACCACUUGGAUGAAACCAUAAACGUGAUGAACAGAAGCUUUCUUCCUUUACAUGAAUGUGAUUUAUAGUCAUAUUUAUUACCAAGAGUACAAGAUAUGGUGACUUUUCUACACGAUUAAAUCCAGAGGGACUUAGAAAAACAUUAUGUGAAGAUGUGUUAGUUGUGACCUAAUGGACUGUUAUACUGUUAAUGUGUUAUUGAUCUUUAACACUUUUUAAAUAACAUUUAAGAAUAAGUCUUUAUAAAUGAAUAUACAUGUUUAUAAAUUAUUAUAAAUGUUGUACAUUUUUUACGAAUGGAAGGCUGGUAAUAUUUACACGUUCUUAUAAAUGUUUAGAAAUAUAAAUGUAAAUAGUUUAUAAAUCGUUAAAAGGUUUAUUCAUGAUAGUUAUUUAAAAGUGUUACCAUGGCAACCUCUAUGUAUAUAAUGAGAUGGCAUAAGAUUUGUUGCGAUCAUUUGCAGUGCUUCUGUCCAAAAACAGCAUUUAUCAACAGGAUUUCAGAAAUCCCAGUGGUAAGAUUUCCAGAAUCAGGAGGAAAUAAACCUGAGUAAAGCAACUGUUAAAACCUAACAAAUUAGCCUGUUAAAACCUAACAAAUUAGCCUGUUAAAACCUAACAAAUUAGCCUGUUAAAACCUAACAAAUUAGCCUGUUAAAACCUAACAAAUUAGCCUGUUAAAACCUAACAAAUUAGCCUGUUAAAACCUAACAAAUUAGCCUGUUAAAACCUAACAAAUUAGCCUGUUAAAACCUAACAAAUUAGCCUGUUAAAAUUAGCUGUCAUGCCAAGAGGUUGCUAGGUGUUGGGUUAAAGUGGUUUCAAUAGUUGUAUAGAUUUAGGAAUAAAGUAGUAACAAUGUACUGUACAGUUCUGCCAUUGUAGAGGUCCUUAGGCACAGAUCUAGGAUCAGAAUACAGUCAAUUACUGUACAGUUCUGCCAUUGUAGAGGUCCUUAGGCACAGAUCUAGGACCAGAACACAGUAAAUGUACUGUACAGUUCAGUAGAGGUUGUCCUUAGGCACAGAUCUAGGAUCAGCUUACCCAACCCAAAACCAAAACUUAAAGGCUAUCCAUGAUUGGUACAUCCAGUUUUUUUACUUUUAAAUUAUUGAUUUAUUGCUCUUGGUUCUUGUAGAUUAUAACUUAAAACUGCCUUGUGACCAGGUCAGCUGUCGUUCCCCAUCAGAACAUUGUAGACUAUAACUUAAAACUGCCUUGUGACCAGGUCAACAGUCGUUCCCCAUCAGAACAUUGUAGAAUAUAACUUAAAACUGCCUUGUGACCAGGUCAACAGUCGUUCCCCAUCAGAACAUUGUAGAAUAUAACUUAAAAGUGCCUUGUGACCAGGUCAGCUGUCGUUCCCCAUCAGAACAUUGUAGAAUAUAACUUAAAACUGCCUUGUGACCAGGUCAGCUGUCGUUCCCCAUCAGAACAUUGUAGAAUAUAACUUAAAACUGCCUUGUGACCAGGUCAGCUGUCGUUCCCCAUCAGAACAUUGUAGAAUAUAACUUAAAACUGCCUUGUGACCAGGUCAGCUGUCGUUCCCCAUCAGAACAUUGUAGAAUAUAACUUAAAACUGCCUUGUGACCAGGUCAGCUGUCGUUCCCCAUCAGAACAUUGUAGAAUAUAACUUAAAACUGCCUUGUGACCAGGUCAGCUGUCGUUCCCCAUCAGAACAUUGUAGAAUAUAACUUAAAACUGCCUUGUGACCAGGUCAGCUGUCGUUCCCCAUCAGAACAUUGUAGAAUAUAACUUAAAACUGCCUUGUGACCAGGUCAGCUGUCGUUCCCCAUCAGAACAUUGUAGAAUAUAACUUAAAACUGCCUUGUGACCAGGUCAGCUGUCGUUCCCCAUCAGAACAUUGUAGAAUAUAACU